ACCAUUCCUCUCAGAUGCCAGAAACAGUUUCCUCUCAGGGAUUUUACUUCCUUUCUGGAAAUGAUUUUAGUCUACAACCAUUUUGGAGCUUUCUACUUCAGACAGAGUUUCCAUUUGCCUAGUUCCAGAGCUGCUCUUCUCAUCGCAGAUCCUGCCAUGGGUUGUGGGCUACGAAAGCUGGAAGAGCCGGAUGAUAGCAGUCCUGGCAAAAUAUUUUCUACUCUGAAGAGACCGCAAGUGGAAACAAAGACUGAUAUUUCAUACGAAUACCUUUUGCUGGAUUUUACUUUGGACAUCAGUUCAUCAAAUCCAGACGUUAUCUGGAUCUCUUCUCCCUUGGAUCUUAAUUCGAAGCUGGAAGGGUACUACAGGAAGGGAUAUGUUGUUGCCACCAUCCACCCUACAAUUCUUUCCGUGGGGCGAAGGAAACAAUCACCAUUAAGUUACAUCCUUAGAGUUAUUUUAACUAAAAUAAAGUCAAGUGUAAAGAAGUCAGAGCACCGAGAACAAAAGCACAGCAAACUAGUUGUUGAAGAAUGGUCUGUCAGUAAUCAAAUGCUUUCCAGUGAUAUUUUGAAGGGGCUGUUGGACAAGGUCAACGAUUCAGCGAAGAAAGGAAUGAAGUUCAUUGGGUUUUUAAACCAGCUCCAUGCGCAAUCAAAGGCCUGCAAUGGCACAAAUUUAUCAACAGAGCCAGAUGUGGAUUUGGCUCAGGUCGCCACCUUUCAAUUGACAGAUCAAAGUAAGCACAAUCCCGACAAUAACUCUGUUAAAUAUAAUGAGGGAACUUUAAACAUGAAGCCUCUGGAAUCUACAGAAGAAGGAGAACAUUGGUGCAAUAAAACCACCAAUGUUUCAGAGAAUGGCCCAUCUCCAGAAGAAGAUAUUUUGCAUGGAAGAGGAAAGGGAAUUGGAAAAGAAAGCUUUGCUUCUGCUCAACCAAAAGAAGAUUUGAAAAUGUUUGCUCUUUUCAACGUGACUGAUGAAGAUUGCAGUAAGCGGUCCUACCAUGAAGGCAAUUUAUCUCUCAGAGUAACACGCAGAGGCCAAACCAUCUGCACCGUGGAAGCAGAUUGGCUGGAAAUUACAACAGCUUACUAUAAAAGAGGAAUGUCCUUGAUUGAUUCAUUCGUAGACUGGGAAACAAUGAAGGGGGACUAUUUAUCCAAGACUGUGGAUGGAAUGUUUAUAUAUGAAGAACGUAAUUUGGACACGGUUAAGUCAAACAAGAUGCCACAUGAUGCUAUAGUUGUUGAACAGUGGACUGUCAUUGAGGGUUGUGAAGUAAAGACUGAUUAUGGUCCUUUGCUACAUACACUGGCUGAAUUUGGAUGGCUGGUUACUUGUGUGCUAGCCACACCUAUCAUUCGCCAUGACAGUGAAGGAAAUUUAGCAACAAAACAAGUAAUAUUCUUACAGAGAUCUGCCAUAGCAAGCCAUGAUCUGCGUCUGGAAAAGGCAGAGAAAAAAUCUACUCAGCAGCCUAAAACCAACGAAAAAAGCAGAAAUUGGAAUCGAAACGUGGGUGUGAACACUGGUAAAAAUAAGCCUUCAGAAUCUGCUGAACAUUGCUGUAGUACCACGGAGAAAACCUUCUGGAUCAAAGAAACUAUCAAUCAACAUGAAGGCUUUUCAGGGAUGCCCAGUAGUGAGAGUGUUCUCAAAGACUUGGAUGACGGGCAGCUAGAUCAAGAGGAAGAAACACCCCAAGUUACCUGCAUAUGAUGCACACUAUUCUGCUAUUAUUUACAAAAGGUAAUUGUAUAAAGUUAAACAGAGUUUCUAAAUCAUACUUUGAUAAGAUCUGAUAGAUUUGGCUGAAACAAGAAGAAUCCUGUUUUCAACAGAAAACUAUGUUGGAAAAUAUUUAUUUUUGAAAUCUUUUUAUUACCUUUCUAUAAUUUUACAGCAAACAUGUUGACAAAUAGUUCAGUCUGUCAGAAUCUAAGCUCAGAUCCAGGUUUUUAACAAAUCAAUUACAAUUUAUCUUGCGAAAGAACUUCAACAUGGUUUAAAACUACUUUCUACUUAUUUAGCAAAACCUUUCACAGGAUAGGGAAUAUUUACAUAUCCACAAAUAUUUAUAUUUUAUUUUACAAUUUUCAAGUGAUAUUUUUGUCAUUUGUUCAAGUUAUAAUAUGCGUACUGAUAUUGUUAAUAGUAGGUCAUCCUUUCAUUUCUGUUUGUACAAUUUUUUAAUUUUUUAAUAUUCCUAGCUUUCAAGAAUAUGUUCAUACAGAUUAGAUUAUCACUGAAUUAUUGAAAUUAAUUGGGAGCACUGUUCAACAAAUGAAAACAUUGGCAGAUACCUUGCUGACUAACGUAGAAGUCAUUAUGAAUUGUACAAAAAAACAUUUAGCUCUGUCCCAUUGAUAUUAGCUAAAUCUACUGAUGGAAAUAUUAACUUUAACUUCGAACGCAUUGAGGUAUUUUAUAGGAAUCAGUCUGGCACUGGUGUCAAUACAAUAUUCCAUCGGUUAACUUAUUAAUUUCUUUUGUUCAUUAGGAGAAUAACUGAAAAUAUUGUUGUUGCCAUGUAUAAAGAAUCUUUUGUAACAUUGUGUAUACUGAGUACGAUAUCAGUUGCAGCACUCAGCUGAAUCAUGUACUUAAUGUGGACCACAGUGAUAUUUUUUCAUUUAUUGCUCUGCACAAUUACCAGUUAUAUAUUAUAACAUUGAAGAAUAUGUGCACAAUAGUCAUCCAUCAUUUAGGACAAUGAUUUUUAAGUCAUUAUAAACAUGACUACAUGCUUUGUCAUACUUACAUUAUUCAUAUGAUACUGAAGUAUUUGUAGUCACACUUGUAUUAUUUGUACAAUGCUGAAGUUAAAUGCAUCCAUGUCCAUGUCCAGCAGUGAAUUAAAACUCUUCCUUUAACUUAAAAAUGAAAACCUUUUGAUAGGAUGAAAAAUUGGGCAUGCAGUUACAUUUGGAUGGCUGCAAGAUGCAACCUGCAACCUGUAGUAUCUAUUUGGCAAAUUUCUUGUUGACCAGACACAAAGGUAAAAAAAAACAAAGAACAAGUUACAAAAUCUCCAUUUGAAAUUAUACAAUCCUUACAAUAACCUUUUUUUGUGGAAUAAAACAGAUUGCUACAUUUUUGGUGUAUAAAUGUUAAUUAUCUUUGAAUUCUGUAAAGUUUUUAACGAUGUUACUGUUCAGAAGCGAGGUUUGAUGGGUGCUUAUUAACAUUUAUCAUUUUGUUAGUGUGAAAGGAUGGAAUGGGAGAGAGUAAAUGGAGCUGACGUUCUUAGAUUUUUUGCAGACACUAAAGAUUGCAGAUGCUGGAAUUUGGAGCAAAAACGGAUUGCUGGAGAAACAUAGCAGAUCAGAUAAUAUCGGUGGAGAGAAAUGGACAGUGAACAAGCAAGGGUCUUGACUCAAAAUGUAGACUGUCCAUUUCUCUCCACAGAUGCUGCCUUCCUUCAGAAUUCUAUUUUGCUACUUUAAUGUUACAGAGGGAAACAAUUUAUUGAUAUCAAACCAUGUAAUAUGCAUUACGGGUAUUUGUGAGUGUGCUAAAGUUGGAAUUAACAUUGAGAUUCGGAUGAUUAGAUAUGUCUUGCAAUUAAAUUGCAACCUGCCAUAAUCUUUGAUACAUGCAUAGUGGUUUUUAAAUAAUUAAUUAAAAUAACACAGAUUGUCGAGAGUGUGAUAUCAUCAUUGCAGAGUGACAAUCUCAUCAACUGAUAGACAGAAGGGUUUUGUAAAAAAAAUUAGUCUUGCAGCAAAGCAUAUUAUAAUGCUAAUAUGGCCAUAGUUAUUAGAAUACUGUGUUAUGAUCUUGUAUUUUUUUAAAUAAUAAUAUGCUGCACAGUAUGCUGUUAACUUUAAAGGUGCAUUAUUUGUCUUAUUAUUGUUUUUGAACAAAAUUCCUGUUUUCUCAUGCUAUGUUAGUUUUACAGUGUUAUUUUCAUGUUAUGCUUUUUUACACAAUAUUUUUGAGUUACACGUUCAAAGUUGCAAAAAGCUAUAUUAAAGUCCAAAUAAAAUGUUGACUUUUAAAAA